AUGCACAAAGCCACACUUUUUGUCAACAAUUAUCCAAGAGGAGCCUUACCAAAGGCUCUUGUGAGUUAUUUCAAUCUGGAUUUCGAGGUACGAGAUGCCACUGCAUCUCCGGAGUUUGCCAAGGAGUUUCCGUUGAAGAAAAUUCCGGCAGUUGUUUUCCCUGAUGGAUCUCAUUUAACUGAAAUAAUCGCCAUUGUCCAGUAUCUUGUCGAAUCUACGGAAAACGAGAAUAUUAAGAAAGAUUUACUUGGAACCAACGCGCUCGAGCGUGCACAGGUCGUUAGGUGGAUGUCCCUUGCUAAUUCCGAUUUCAUGAUGCCUCUAACAGAGGCAUUUUUGGAGACAAUCGACCAGCUACCGUAUCAUGGAGAUCUUGUUAAGAUUCAACUCGAGUCUGUCGACAAAGCUGCCAAGGUAUUCGAAGAUCGCUUGAAUGCUCACGAAUUUUUAGUUGCUGACCGCUUAACGCUAGCUGACCUGAUGGUAGCUAGCCUUUAUGUAUUCGGCUUCUCUACUCUUCUCGGAAAAACUUGGAGAUCUCAACAUCCCGGAAUUAUGAAGUGGUUUGACAAGGUUUCCAAGUCCCCUAUCUGUCGUGACAUUUUGAAGAAAGAUAGGUUCGUCGAAGAGCCUGCAAAACAUAGAUAA